AAUUCUUCACAACAAGCUUCUUCAACUCCCUCAUCCCAUGUCUCUUGUUUCAUCUCUUUCCUCUUGACUCUUUUUCUCUCUCUCUUUUUACAUUUUUCUAUAUGUCACCGACGAAGGGUGGAAGCAACAAGCCUUCCACCACCGGUGGUGGCGGUAGUAGGACGAGAAGAAGAACAGUGGAUUGCGUUGAAUUUGUAGAAGAAGAUGGUACGGGAAGUGGGUACGUUGUUGGGCAGAGCCAUCCCCAUCGCUCUCCAGUGGUGGUGGGCUGUUGCACCGUGUUGCGAAAGAGGGUACAUUCCAUGUUAAAAUUUUUGAGGCCAGGACGAAACCUGAACCGGUGGGUUCUUCGAGCUCUAAUGUUGUUGGUGGCAUCUACCACAUUUGUGAAAUUUGCACUCAUGAAUGGCAUGCAUGAAUUGGAUGAAAUGACGAGCGCGAAUGAUUUUCUGAUACAUCCAGGGACCAUUGAUGGUUCUGCAAUGCCUCAAAAUGUUGUGGUGGAGGAUGGUGGCCACCCUGCCAAUCUCAUGAAUAAUCAGUCUACGGGGCAUUCAGGACUUCGCUCGACUAGUCCCCAGACUCUAGAAAUUUGGAGGAAGCCUAUGAGUGACAACCAUUUCAAAUGCAUAGAUCGGUCACCUAAGGAAACAAGGAAUGGAACUGCUACAGAUGGAUAUAUUCUAAUUCAUGCAAAUGGUGGAUUAAAUCAAAUGAGAACUGGGAUAAGUGAUAUGGUUGCUGUUGCCAAAAUCAUGAAUGCUACUCUUGUUCUUCCUACGUUGGAUCAUGAGUCAUUUUGGACAGACCCUAGUGAGUUUAAAGAUAUCUUUGAUUGGAAGCACUUCAUAAGGGCACUAAAAGAUGAUAUUGAAGUGGUAGACUCUCUUCCCCCACAACUUGCCAAUGUGAAGCCCCUUCUCAAAGCCCCUGUUUCUUGGUCAAAGGCAGGUUACUAUAGAGGACAGUUACUCACAUUGCUAAAACGGAACAAGGUGAUGAAAUUUACUCAUACUGACUCACGCUUAGCUAACAAUGGCCUCUCUAGUCCAAUCCAAAGGCUCAGGUGUCGUGCAAUGUAUGAGGCCCUUCGAUACACAGAAGAAAUUGAGCACCUUGGAAAGGUGUUGGUUAAUAGACUUAAAACAAACAAUGAACCAUACAUUGCUCUCCAUUUAAGAUAUGAAAAGGACAUGCUUGCUUUUACCGGUUGCAGUCAUAGCCUCAACUCAUCGGAGUCUGAGGAGCUCCGCAAACUAAGGUACGAGGUAAGGCACUGGAAGCAGAAACGGAUUAAAGGGGAAGAACGACGAGUCCAAGGAAAAUGCCCAAUGACCCCAAGAGAGGCAGCGGUGUUUCUUAAGGCUAUUGGGUACCCUUCUGCCACCAAAAUAUACAUAGUUGCAGGGGAGAUUUACGGACAAGAAGGGCUUGCAGCGCUCCAUGCCAAGUACCCAAACAUAUACUCUCACUCAAAUCUGGCAACAGAGGAAGAGUUGAAACCUUUCAAGGAUUUUCAUAAUCAGCUUGCUGCCUUAGACUAUAUUGUAGCACUUGAAAGUGAUGUGUUUAUCUAUACCUAUGACGGAAACAUGGCCAAGGCCGUUCGUGGGCAUAGGAUAUUCGAAGGGUUCAGAAAAACCAUCAAUCCUGACAAGCAAAAAUUUGUGAAGCUGAUUGAUGAAAUGGACAAGGGUAAGUUGACUUGGGAAGAGUUUUCAUCUGAGGUUAGGAGGCUACAUGAAAAUAGGAUUGGAGCACCACAAUAUAGAGCGGUCAGACAUUUGCCAAGGCAUGAGGAAUACUUCUAUGCAAAUCCUUUCCCUGGUUGUGUUUGUGACUAAGUCCUGAGAGUGUUCAAAGAACAAUAAGAGUAUAGCGGCCUAGCAUGAAGCUAAAACACCAAUUUGGGAAUCAUAGAGCUGAGUUGUAGUUGAUAUGAGUGUGUAGAUAAUUUUUGCUUUUCUUGAAUGGCAAAUUGAAGCAAGAAAAGAGUCGCCCAGAGGUAACACUACAACGUUCAUGCCAUCAUAUGCAUGUGCAUGUACGCACAUGUACAAACAUUUUUCUUUUUCUUUUUUAAUGUAUUUGCAUAGCUAAAGAAGCUCUAUGAGGAGGGAGCAUAGAUAGUGACAUACAAUUUUAUAGACAAAAAUUAGUUAAUCCUAUGGGAAAUACUCUAUUCUUACGAAUUGUUUGACCUAUAAUAGCUUAAUCUCUUAUAUU